GCCUCGCCCAACGCUGCAGCAGGUAGUGACGUGAAGUUCUGGGUCUCUGUUCCCUUCACACUGAAGAUCCAAACAGUGAUGCGGUUUAUAAGCAAAAGAUACAGAAGAUGGUGAAAAAUCUCACUUUCUUGAGAAUGAGGCCUUUUUUUGCAUAGUUCCAACUUUGUUGUGGAACUUGCUGUCCAAGGAUAAUAUUUUUGUCCUGCGUUGUGACAGAUUAUUACCUAUUUGUAUUCAAUGGGACGAAGAAUUCACUUUGUGGUUGACCCUCAGGGUUGGUGCUGCAUGGGUCUGAUUAUCUUUGUCUGGCUGUACAAUACAAUCUUCAUUCCAAAAGUCAUCCUUUUUCCUCACUAUGAAGAGGGACAUAUUUCAGUCAUGGCAAUUUUGUGUUAUUACUUCUGCUCUGUAUUUUGUAUAGCUUCCUUGCUAAGAGCCUCAAUAGCUGAUCCAGGAAAGCUGCCUGAAAACCCAAAGAUACCAAUUACAGAACGAGAAUAUUGGGAAUUAUGUAACAAAUGCAAUAUGAUGAGACCAAAGCGUUCACACCAUUGCAGUCGUUGUGGACAUUGCGUGAGGAGGAUGGAUCACCACUGUCCAUGGAUUAAUAAUUGUGUUGGUGAAGACAAUCAUUGGCUGUUUUUACAGCUAUGUUUCUACACUCAGAUCCUUAGUUCCUAUACACUGAUACUUGAUUUCUGCCAUUACUACUAUUUUUUGCCUCUGAAAAAAGAAAACUGGGAUGUUUUUGUAUUUAGACAUGAACUUGCUCUCCUAAGAAUAUCUGCCUUCAUGGGUCUAAUAAUAUUAAUUGGAAUAAGUGGACUUUUUUACACUCAGCUAAUGGGUAUUUUCACUGACACUACAAGUAUAGAAAAAAUGUCAAACUGUUGUGAAGACAUAUCGAGGCCCCGAAAGCCAUGGCAGCAGACCUUCUCAGAAGUUUUUGGCACUCACUGGAAGAUCCUGUGGUUUAUUCCUUUCAGGCAGAGGCAACCACUACGAGUUCCCUACCACUUUGCCAGUCAUGUCUAAACAGAUGGAUGCUGGGCACAGAUGGGUCCUCCAUGCUGGAAGUGCGUUACAGGUUUUAUGAUAAUAGGACUAUGACAGUCUUCAAGACAAUUAAAAUUCACCCACCAAUUGUAGGCAUCACAGUAUGCCCCAGGCUUUAUUUUCAAAGUGGUCUUGAUUCUGUUCUGAGAUUAAUGCCAGUUCUAUGUUUUACUUUAGGCAUAUUUACUUUCAAAUUAGCUUUCCAAGGGGAUUUCACUCAUCUUUGAGACUAAUACCAAGACCAAGUGACUGGAAUGCAGUCUUAUUCUAUUUGUUUGGUACUGUCUCUUUUGAUUUUUACUUUUUUUGGUAGGAUGCACUGAAGUUUACAUUCAUUUUUAUCUUUCUCACUAAGUGUCUUAUUCUGCCUUGAAAUUUUUUUGGUGUUUUUAUCAAUGGAUCUAGAUAAUAUUCAUGUCUUUUUCUGCUACGCGUGUUUAAAAUUCCCUGAUACUCCUUUUUAUGAUGUGCAAUAGUAAUCCUACAGCACCACACUAUAAAAGGUAACAUCUAAAACUGACACAGACUUCUUCCAAAACCUUUUCUGAAGAGGUUUUUAUGAAUAAACAUAAAAGUUUGUGUUAAUAGAAUCUUGCAGUUACCUGUCUGCAUAGAUAUGAUCUUAGCAAAAAAUGUUAGUGUCUUUGUGUCAGCAAAAGUGAGGAGGUGUUCUAGGCUAACACAUGCAGAUAGAAUGCAUGUUUUCCCUAUAUUCCAAGGAUUUAUUUGCAAUAAUUCAACCAAGAAGUUGUAUGGUGCAAAUACUAGAAUGAUUACUUUUUAAAAAUGCAGAUUUAAUUAGUUAGCAGAAUGUACCAUAAAGAAGAGUAUAUUGUCAAUAAAGUUAUACGUUUUACAUUUCUUGUUUAGUCAUGAUUAGAUGGAAUUGGUCUGAGUUUCUGUAUAUUAGAUAUAUAUGUGAAAAAAUUAAAAAAUAUUUAUACAUAAAUACUGAUUUUGCUACAAACAUGUAUAGUAAACUAUGUUAACUGAUUUAAUAGGGUACUAUGUUGAUAGCUUGUUGCUGGCCCUUUUAAGUACAGAAGUAAUUAACCAAAGAAAGCAUCUUUAUGAUUUCAUCUGGUAAAAUUACAGUUCCCGAAUUAUGGCUCAGUUUUGCUGUAUCUGGAAAAAUUAUGUGCUUUCUUGUAGUCCUUUGUAUUUAUACUAAUAUCAGCAUGAGAUAAUUUUUUUUGAAAGUUCUGUGAAAUUUUUAUGAGAAACCUCAUAAAUCUCAUAAAAAAUCACAGCUUCAUUGUUUUCAGUUGUGCUGCUCACACUGUUGUCUAACUGAACAGGACUAGGAUCCACCUUAAACAGCAUUCAUGCAACAGGAUAAUAAAAGGCAUAAAGUCAGAACGUAAUAUGCAUUGAUUCUGUUUGGAGAAAGUGAUUGUGAACAGUUCAUUCAAAAAGAAGGGCUAGAUUUGUCAUGAGUGGUAUUCAUAAUGAAGUUUUAGAUGAGCUCCUUUAAAAUCUUAACACCAUCACUGCUGAUGUUGGGUGUCCAUUUAUUGAAUUAACAGAUUUUGAUGAUCCACUGACAGUUCCAAAAGGUACAUCAAAAAGUACAUCUUAGAAAGUACUUGAAUUUUAAACUGUUGUGGACUUCUAACAUUUAAGCCAACUUCACUUUCCCUCUCCUUUUAAAAAUAAAUGCAGUAUUUUCUUCAUUUAAAUUUCAAGCCUAUAACUUCAACCCUUUUUUUUCAUGGCAUCGUUAGGCACGACAUUAGAGUGCCUUAAAGAUGGUGUUGGAAAUUAAAAAGAAUGUGCAUUUACAUUAUUAAGUAAUGGCUGUAUUCUCUCUCUUUUUUUUUCCUUUUUUUUUUUUUUUUUUUUAUAAAAAAAAGGAAUUCCACUAUUACAGUCUCCAUGAAACACAUACGGGAAUAACAGCAGUUUUGUUUUAUGUGCCAAUAUUUAUAUGGGGAUAUAGCAAGAGGGUGAGGGAUAAUGGCUUUAAACUGAAAGAGGGGAGGUUUAGGUUUGACAUUAGGAAGAAAUUCCUCACUGUGAAGGUGGUGAGACACUGGAACAGGUUGCCCAAAGAAGUUAUUGAUGCUCCCUCCCUGGAAGUGUUCAAGGUCAGGUUGGAUGGGGCCCUGAGCAACCUGGUCUAGUGGAAGGUGUCCCUGCCCAUGGCAGGUGGGUUGAAACUAGAUGAUCUUUAAGGUCCCUUCCAACCCAAACCAUCCUGUUUCUAUUAUUAAAUCUGUUUUGUGACUAGAAUAUAAUAGGUCUUUUAAAGGUUUUUAUCCUAAUCAGUUAUCAUAGUUAUAUCAUACUGUUCUGAAGCCUCCUCAGAAAGGGAACCAAGAAUUUAACUAUUUUUGAUACAUAAACUGUGGGGCAUGUAGUUGUUUUGUUUUCUAAUAUUGUUUCCAUUAAUUUAACCAUUAACAUAGAACCACAUCUGUAAUACAGGCUCUGCUUGACACGAGGAACCUUAAAGAGCGUGUUGAAUUUGUGUACCUGUUAUACAGUGAAAUGACGGGGCCGCUAAAUUUUGUCUGCACUGAGGGGAUAAAACCGCGCCGCGCUGCCCCGCUCCCUGCGCGCCCUCUGCCGGCCGCCCUGCAUGCCGGGUUCGUCUUCAGUGUCUUCAAAGCCCUUAGACUUCCCCUUCAAACAACAAAUUCUAAACUAAAAAUGAAAAAUCUGUGAAUUCUAAGGCGCUUAAGCUGAAGUGGCAAAAGGAAGAACCUUGAAGCUGAAGUGUCAGGUGUACAUUCAAGUAAAUACCUAAAAAUCUUUCCUGAUACUCCAAUGGAAAUAUUAAGUUCACAGGUUCACAGUUUCUUAUGUUUUCAUAUGGUUGUAUUUUUGUGGUAAAAAUAUUUUUGUUGCCAUCUCCCAUUCAUCCUUAACAUUAGAAAUCAAUAUGUAAUGUGAUUAAAGCAGUUUGUUUUUUACCCCAUUUCCGAGUAUGUGGAGUAGAGAAGGGAAAAUCUGGAAAGGCUUUAAUUUUAGUAGGCACUGGGCUUUAUUCUUUGAAUGCCACACCUCUAAAAGUGUAAAAGUAAUCAAAAGAUAUUUUUAAAUUUUACCCAAUGACCGUAUCAUGUUAUUAGUUUGCUAGGGCAGUGUUUCUGAAACUGAAUUUCAGAAGGUUGUUUCAGCAGGAAAAGAUCAGGUAGACUUGAAAUCCUUUAAACCUUGAAAUCCUUGAAGUCCAUUGAACCUUUACUUUGAAUUUCCACUUCUUCCCCUCCAAGUCUGCUUCACAAUUUUUUUAUUUAGUAGAAACUGCAUUCUUAACAUUAAUUAGUGCUUAAUUAGUGCCUUGUUAUUAAUUUAAAAAAUCUUACAGUAUUAAUUAAUUUCAUCCCAAUGUAACAUUAGAACUACAUAUGCUUUAUUGAGCACAGUGGAUAUUGGGUAUGAACUUAACAAUACUGCAUUUCCUUAGGGGUUCAAAGAGAAGGCAAAUCACUAAUGAAAAACAAUUUGAAAAUGGUUGAAAUAACUGGUGUAUUUGUGGUAUGGGGUAGGCCCUGCUAGGACUGAACAAGGCUACCAUGUCAUCUUUUCCUAAUACCAGAGAUUUGAAAAAUAGUGAUGUCUAAAAUAAAAUAUUUUUAGUAAACUGUCCUCGGAUCUGUUAUUUAGAAAGACAGGUUCCCUCAAACAGCUUGUGAAAUAGUUGAGAUACGCAAUUAUUUUCAGUCUUGAGGAGGUUUCAUGAGUAAGAAACUGUCUUAGAACCAAAUGGUAGGAAAAAUUUUGAACUAGGCAGCUGCCUCUUUUUUUUUUUUUUUUUUUAAAUUGCAAGUGGACUAAUGUGAAGGGAAGAUUCAUAAGAGCACAGAGAAAAUGGAGAUCUCCCCUCAGCCUUCUCUUCUCCAAACUAAACAAUUCCACCUCCCUCAGUCUCUCCUCACUGGACUUGUUCACCAGCUUGGUUGCUCUUCUCUGGACUCACUCCAGCACCUCAGUGUCCUUCUUGUCACGAGAGGCCCAAAACUGAACACAGGAUUUGAGAUGCAGCCUCAACCGUGCUGAGUACAGAGCAACGAUCCCGUCCCUACUCUUGCUGGCCAUACUAUUCCUUUUCCACCAUGCAGCUUUCCAGCCACUCUUCCCCAAGCCUUGCAUGGGGUUAUUGUGGCCCUUGUGGAGGAUCUGACAAUGACCCUUGUUGAACCUCAUACAAUUGGCCCUGGCCCAUUAAUCCAGCCUGUCCAGAUACCUCUGCAGAACCUUCCUACCCUCAGGCAGAUGGCACUCCCACCCGAUCUGGUGUCAUUGGCAAACUUACUGAGGGUGCGCUCAUUCCUCUCAUCUGGAUCAUUGAAAAAGGUAUUGAACAAGACUGGCCCCAAAACUGAGCCUUUGGGGACACCACUUGUGACUGGCCACCAACUGCUUUUAACUCAUUCAUCACAACUCUCUGGAUUUGGCCAUCCAGCCAGUUUUUUUCCCAUCAGAGAGUACACUGGUCUGAGCUAUGAUUCACCAACUUCUCCAGGAGAAUGCUGCGGGAGACAGUGUCGAAGGCUUUGCCAAAGUCUGGGUAGACCACAGGCUAUCUCUCAUCCACUAGGUGGGUUACCUGGUCAUAGAAGGAGAUCAAGUUGGUCAAGCAGGGCCUGCCUUUCCUGAACCCAUGCUGGCUGGGCCUGAACUCCUGGUGGUCUUGCACUUGCCAUGUGAGUGCAUUCAGGAUGAACCUCUUAAUGGUUUUCCCUGGUACCGAGAUCAGACUGACAGGCCUGUAGUUCCCCAGAUCCUCCUUUCAACCCUUCUUGUAGAUGAGUGUCACACUGGCAAGCCUCCAGUCAUCUGGGACCUCCCCAGUUGGUCAGGACUUCUGAUAAAUGAUGGAGAGAGGCUUGCUGAGUUCUUCUGCCAGCUCCCUCAGUACUCUCAGGUGGAUUCUAUCUGGUCCCACAGAUUUGUGAGUAUCCAGGUGGCGUAGCAGGUCAUUAGCUGCUUCCUCAUGGAUUGUGGGGGGGGGUGGUUCAGCUCUUCAUCCUUAAUGUUCAUCUUACAGUUGCCCAACUUUAUUAAGUAAAUUGUAAUUUUCAGAAGUUACUAAUUUGUUCUUUGUUUUGUGCUAUAGUAGGCAAUUGUAUGCCAGUAUAAGGAAUGUAAGUGGCAAAGCAUUUCUGCAGUACUGUGAAAGAGAAUCUUUUUCAAGUCAGCUUUGCAUUCAGAUGAAAUGUAUGGUAAUACAGUGACUUUUCUGGUAACCUGAAAUUGUUAUUCAACAUAAACCACUUUUUGGUAAUCCAUUAUUUACAGUAUUUGGCCAGCCUUCCUGCCAGGAGUACAUCACGUAUAGCAGAGUUUUCUGUCACAUAUUUGAGGAUGCUGUCACUUAGAUACAUUAUUUAAUUUGGCUAUCUCCUCUACCCUUUAUCUUCAUCACACACUCAGUUUUGCUGCAGCUCACAAAUAAGAAGCCAAUGUAGGUUUUUUGGAACAACUAUAUCACAAAGACAAAUGCUAUCGAAUGGCUCUUCUCAAUAUGCCAACUGGAAAUACCUCUGCAUUCCUUAGAUGUGUUUUCUUUGUAUGGUGGAGUCUUGAUCUUUCUGGACAAAAAUUCUUGCUUAUUCUACAUAUGUUCCCAUCAGUAAUACUGUAUUAGCACUGCUGAACUAUUCUUAAAGUAAAAACUAAGUGUAUUUUCUCAUUAAUAAGAAUUGCAUAAAGCAAUAUGAAUCUUAAUUACCACCUAGGACUUCUCAUUCAAUCCUGUACUUCUACAGUUGUGCUAUGUGUGCAAGUGUAAAUCUUUUUUUUUUUAGCAUUGUGUAUAAUAAAAACACUUUUCUUUACAGUCUUGUAUUCAAUUUCAUGUUAACUGUGAGAAGACAGAUGUACUGUUCUGGUUUUUUUGCACUUCAAAAAAUUACUGAUUUUUGUUUAGCUGCAAAAAUCUCAUACCUGAUAGUAAGGUUUGAAUCUAAUUAAGUGAUCUGACUGAGCAUGUAGCUGCCCAGCAGCACCAGUAAAAAUAAUCUUAGAGAGGUUUGUAUACAUGUAGCACAGACCCCAUGCAUAUGCUUCUCAGAGCUUGUUCCUUCACAGUCAGACCAUUAUUCAGUAUAUAAUUGAAAUUGGUUUUACCUUGUUGUUGCCUGAGUCAGUAUCUCGUGAGCUAAGCCAGUGCAUAUGCAAUGUUCUAGGGCUGCCACAGUUACAUUUAGCAGCUGGAGAUCUAUGGCUCUUGUGCCCAAAAAUAACUUUUUUAAUUUGUCUAGUUGUGGUACUUAAAUUCUCCCAUGCUUAGAAUUUUAAGAAUAAAUCUGAUUUGCUGUGGAUCAGUCUUUUUUAACAGAUGUAACUGUUUUAAAAGUAAUGUACUAGGCUGUUCUUUGGUUGUUCCUGAGACUUUAUUUUACCCAUUUCUUUGUAGACACAUGGUUAAUAAAACACCAAGUGGGAUGUCAUGGCAAAUCACAUUGUCAUCCACAUUCAGGAUCACUCAGAAUUCACAUUAUUGUGUUUAGGAUAAAACAACAGAUGAUAUAGAUAGGGCAAUUUUGACAUAGAUGCAAUCUUUUGCUUUAAAGUAAUUAGGAGACUAUGCAUGCAAAAUACAAUACUAGAAAUAUUUGUCUAUGCAAAUUAUUUAAAAUUGUUUAUUAAAUUAAUGUACUGGUUUUAAAAUA